AUUUGAAUCAAACACUAACACUCCUAUCUGACUUGAACCGCUUCAGAAUCAGAAACUCCAAUAUAAACACACAACUCCCCUCCAAUAUUCCACAAUUCCCUUCCUAUAUUCCAGAUUUCCUCCCCAUUUUUCUCCGUAUUUAUCUGCAACUCUCUACAUCUCGAUUGUAUCUGGUGGCAAUUUUAUGUGAUUUUGAGAUUUUACGUGUAACAAAUGAAAGGCGGUGUACUGGUGUAGGAUUACGAGCAUGAAGACAAGAGGAAAAUUAAUUUUAGCCAUCCUUUGGUGUGCACCUUACGGAGCACGCUAGCAAAAUAACUGCAUUACAUCUUUCUCCAACUCCAUUAAAAGGUUGCAACCGGAAACAAUGGCUAGGAAAAAAGAAGGAAAAACUGUGCAUCAUAAUAUUGCACGGGUUCAAAACUGUAUUGAAAAGUGCUUCAUGCUUUACAUGAACAAGGCAGAAGUCAUGAACACUGUCAUCACUCAGGCCCACGAAAAUCCUGAUAUUGCCGAAAUAGUUUGGCAUAGGCUUGAAACACAAAAUCCAGAAUUUUUCAAGGCUUAUAAUCUUAUGGUGUUAGUGAAGCAACAAAUGGUGGAAUUCAAUCGGUUGCUAUCAAAGCAGGCAGAGCUAAUGUGCAAAACAGGAUUAAGUGUGAUGACUUCCAUGCCCAUGUCUAAUGGAUAUGAUGUUUCACCAGCAAACCAAAGCUCCAUGUGGCGUGCCGAACAAAUUACAAGACCGGUGGAAAAUGCAAUUUUGCAGCCGCCAAAACUUGCUACUUCACCAAAUGCAUUUAGCAGUGGAUUGUCAAUCCAGUCGUGUAUGCAAGGAACUCUUGAUGUGUGUACUCAUGGCGGAAUGAUUGAUGUUGCUCAGAACAUGGUCUUGCCUCAAAACUCAAAAGUCCCACAAGCAUUGAAUGGGACGAUAGUAGAAACAGAACCUCUUUAUAAUGGCAACUUGCCUUUCAAUUUCCCUCCACACAACAGUUUCUUCGAAUCACGUCCUCGAAUGGGUGAUGCUAUGUCGUCUUUCACUAGCGUAGAGACCAAUACACAACCUCUAAAUGGCAGCAUCUUGGAUGGUUUUGGAUUUUUGGAUCAAAACCCUGGAGAUUUUGUUCUCCCAGAGUUGGCAGCUGAUUUCUCUGAUUUACUAGAAGGUAACUAUAUCUCUCAGCUCCCUUCAUCAAAAGAUGCCAACAACCUUGUGAAUUUCCAUGGUGACAUGGAUGCUGACCUUCUUAUGGAUUCCCAUGGAGACAUGGACGAGUGGCAUGUAUCACUCUGAAUCAUAUAUCGAGAUUGGAUCAUGCCAUUGGCUGCUUUCUCCAACAAUAGUGCAUCUGCAGUUCAUUUUCCAACCCCGACCUUUUUAAUGCAGUUUUUCUGUCGUGUGUUUUGUACUGAUGGUUUCGCUUUGUCUAAAACUUUGGCUGUUUCGGUUUGGAAGAAUUUCUUGUAUCUAUGCUUCUAAGUUCCUUCUAUCUUCAUGAUGUUUUUGCUUA